AUGACCCAUAGCAGUGAGUUACCUAAUCUUGGAUCAAAUCUUUAUAGCCUGGAAGUCAUGUUAGAUGCUAUUGACCAUUUUGAUGACUACAAUGCACGCACUGCACUGCAUGAGAUGCAAUACAAAUUCGAGCGUGCAUUCAAGCAAAUGCAGGAGGAAGAAAACUGUGCUGAUAUACAUGGUGAUGGUGCUGAUGUGUGUGGCAAUGAAGAUGAAGAUGCCAAAAUUGAUGUUGAUGCAGGUGCUGAAUGUAAUGAUGAAGAUACUCCUCACUCUCUCAUGCCUGAAAAAGGAACCACUGCAGACCCUUUGUUCCUCUACACCUCUUAA